AUAUUACACAGACUUACCACGGUGCAGCUGUUAAGUUUUCCAAAUUAAAAACUUUAAAUUCCCUUACUUCCGGCUACAGAACGUGGAUCGCCUGCCAGACUCCCGACACUUUUACAUCCUUUUGAAAGAUAAAAAAUGGUCAGCACUCCUGAACCCGUUAACUCCCAAGUGGCGCAGGAAAAGAAAGACAAGGAGCGCCGCAGUGGCAUUGUCAAGCAGGUGUUGUCGGGCGAUGCGGUGGUAGUGCGGGGUGUUCCGCGUGGUGGUCCGCCGCCAGAAUUCACCCUGUACUUCUCCAGCGUGGCUGCGCCGAAAUUGGCCCGUCGCGCGAACCCCAAGGACAGCAGCUCCGAAUCCGACGACGAACCGUACGCUUGGGAAGCUCGGGAGUUUCUGCGAAAGAAACUUGUCGGCAAAGAAGUGGUCUGCGCCAUUGACCAUAGAGUUCCGCAGUCGGGACGGGAAUACGGAACGCUUUGGCUCACUCAAGAUGGACAACAGUCGGAGAAUGUGCUGGACACGAUGGUGUCGGAAGGAUGGCUGGAGGUGAAAAAGAGUGGUGUCUGGCAAGACGAUCGAUACAACAGUCUGGUUGAACUGGAACAGUCUGCGAAGUCAGCUGGCCGCGGACGAUGGAGCAGCGAUGAUGCUAAUCUCCACAAACGUCAGAUAACAUGGAAUUUCGAAGAUAUUAAAAGUUUCUGCGAGAAAAAUAAAAAUCAGUCGAUCAAAGGCAUUGUGGAAUUUGUGCGGGAUUCUUGCACGCUGCGCGUGACUCUCCUCCCAGAUUUUAUUCCUGCAAUGGUCGCUUUGACAGGAAUUCGGGGACCGUCUUUUAAACAAGAUGGGACAAAGGACGAAUUCGCGGAGGAAGCCAAGUUCUUCACCGAAAGCCGCUUGCUGCAUCGCGAUGUGGAGGUUAUAAUUGAAGGUGUAAACAAUCAGCUGAUCAUGGGAUCGAUCGUUCAUCCGGCUGGAUCGAUUACCGAAGCUCUGCUGAAGCAAGGUUUUGCCCGGUGCGUCGACUGGAACAUCGGGUCAUAUAGUCAGGGUGCCUCUAAACUUCGGGAAGCCGAAAGAGAAGCAAAAGAAAAGAAGUUGAGAAUAUGGAAAAAUUAUGAGGCCAGCCAGAGCAACAUCCGGGAAGAUGAACGGCAUUAUAGCGCCAAGGUAGUGGAGAUUAACAAUGCUGAUGCGAUAACUGUGAAGACAUCUUGUGGACAGUACAAAAAGAUAUUUCUCGCAGGAGUGCGUCCACCCAAGAUGCCCGCCGAUGUCGAGAGUGCUGGUCAGCCACAAAAAGACAAGAGAUCUAGACCAAUUUAUGAUAUCCCUUACAUGUUCGAAGCGCGGGAAUACUUGCGAAAAAAAUUGAUUGGACAGAAAGUGGAUAUCACACUGGACUACAUCCAACCAGCUCGAGCGGAUACCUCGGAAAAAUUCCCCGAACGCCAGUGUUGUACCGUAAAGAUUGGUGACACAAUUGUCAAUGAGGCACUGAUUUCAAAAGGAUUAGCUUCCAUUGUUUUCUACCGUCAAGACGACGAGCAGCGACCAAGCUGCUAUGAUGCUCUGCUGGCGGCUGAUUCCAAAGCUCAGACUGCGAAGAAAGGAAUCUACAGCAAAAAGAAUACUGUUACCGUCCGCGUCAGCGACAUAUCUAACGAUACCGCCAAGUGCAAAGCGUUCUUACCGUCAUUCCAGAGAAGCGGCAAGCAAGAAGCGGUUGUCGAGUAUGUUGGUAGUGGCUCUCGAUUUCGCGUGUUUUUGCCAAAAACUUCAUGCACUGUCAGCGUUAUACUUGCCGGUGUCGUAUGUCCAAAGGGAAGUCGUCAAGGUCCAAACGGUCAAAUUCUUGAAGCAGAGCCAUGGGGCAACGAAGCUCUGCAGUUUUCCAAAGAGCUGUGCUUGCAGCGAGAUGUCCACGUGGAGAUCGAUGCCAUGGACAAAGUUGGAAAUUUCAUUGGUUGGGUGCAUGUUGAUGGAAAAAAUGUUUCGCUGGAAUUGGUGGAAGCCGGAUUGGCCUCUGUUAAUUACUUUUCCGCAGAGCGAAGCCCGUAUCUGGGCGUUUUACAGAAUGCUGAAGCGGCGGCCAAGGGAAAAAAACUCAAGAUUUGGAGUGACUAUGUCGAACCAACAGAAACUGAAGUUAAACAGGAAGAGGACACUACAGACCGAACUGAGAAUUAUAAACGUGUGAUGGUGGUGGAAAUUCUUCCUGGUUUGCGUUUCUAUGCUCAGGAUUGUGAUUCAGGUGCGAAACUGGAAUCUUUAAUGAAUAGCAUUCGCGAGGAAUUCGCAUCGAAUCCUCCACUGGGUGGCUCGUAUGUACCGAAGCGUGGCGAUGUAUGUGCAGCGAAAUUCAGCGUCGAUGGGCAGUGGUAUCGCGCUAAGGUUGAAGGAAUCCAGGGAGGCAAAGUUCAGGUUCUUUUCAUUGAUUAUGGAAAUCGGGAAAACGUGAGAACAACCGAUGUUGCAAAUCUUCCGGCUAGUUUUAAGCAGCUGUCACCACAGGCUGUGGAGUAUACUUUGGCUUUUGUCCGUGAACCAUCGACGGACUCAGAAGCUGAGUGGGCAUUCCAGCAGGCUGUCAAAGACCAGCCAAUGCUUUUAAAUGUGGAAUACAAAGCGAAUAAUUCAGAUCAUGUCACUUUGCUUCGUGCUGACACAAAGGACGACAGGAAAGGUUUGGUUAGCGAAGGCUACUGCUUGGUCGAUGUGAGACGCGAACGACGGCUGCAAAAAUUGGUUUCUGAGUACAAGGCCGCUCAGGAAGAAGCUAAGCGUUCUAGGCGCAACAUCUGGCGUUAUGGAGACAUCACUGAAGACGAUGCCAAGGAAUUUGGUUUUCAGCGAUAGACAAUGCUGAUGUCAGGUCGAGGUGUUCAAUUCCGGUCGCAACGAAUGGCUUGGGAGUUUUAUUAAUGCAGUGAAAUGGUUGUUAAAUGGUCCGAUAACCGUGAUAAUUUUUUCUGGGUUUUUGAAUUAUCUUUUAAACUAUUUAUAACAUUUUUAACGUUAGUUUUUACUCUUUCUUGUCCGGUUUGACCCGUAAAAACAUAAUUUGUCACUUCACAUUGCUGUAGGAUUUUUUGCGUAACCUCGUGCUUGGACUAUUCGGUGCCCGUUUUGUAUUUAUUUACCGGUCUUCCAUUGUUGUAAUAAAGAUCGAUUUUA